AUGCGGCGUAGAGGCGAGGGGCUGAAGAUCGUGGGAGAGUUCUCGGAGACGUUCAAUGUGGGCGCGCUGGGCGAUGAAAACGUGAAUGUGGUGCAGAACGUGGAGUCGGUUUUCGAUGAUGAUCGGUUCUUGGUGCUGGAUGCGGAGGAGGAGGAAGAAGAGGAAGAGGAGAUGGAGGAGAUCCCGAUGCUGAAUCGACAUGUGUUUGGGAAGAAGGAAAUGGGAGGAGAGAGUCGGAUUGAGAGUCGGGAGGAGAUUUUGGAACAGAGACAGGCGAUGUUGGAAGAGGAGAUCAUGAAGGAGGACGCGAUGGAUGAUUUGGAGGACGCAAAUGGAGGCAUGAGCGAGGAAAUGGACUAUGGAGGCGCGUUCGUGCAGUGA